AUGAUACUACUAGGAGCACAGUACAGUGCACCAGAUGGUGUGGAAAAGAGCUUUGCACCAAUACGCGAUGACCCUCGAUACAUGACCACGGAGGGAAGGACAACGGGCCCCAGUGAUCAUGUACUGAAUGCUGGCCAAAUUGAUAGAGAUAAACCUUCAGAGCCGGAACACACAGAGGAUGGCUCACAACUGACAUACUUAGGCCAGCUGCGCACGCAGCUGACGGGGCUGCAGGACGAUAUAAAUGAGUUUUUGACUGGAAGAAUGGAAUUGGCAAAGAAUAAAAAGAAAGCAGGCGCUGAGGAGAAGCGGAUCCAGGAAGAGAUUAAUCAGUUAUUAGAUGGAGGCGAUGGAGAUGAGGAUGCUGAUUAG